UUUUAAUAACAUCACGGGUUAAUUUCUAUACAGUAAUGACAUUCAGAUAAUACUUUAUCCGUUAUCAGUAGCACGUUUUUGAACACGAAAAUGUAAAGAUUUAAAUUUGAAUUUGAUGUCAUAUCUAUCAUUUUUAUAGAACAAUUCUUUGCAACAAAUCAUUAAUAUUAAUAAUUUAUUCCACAUUUGACCAGAACUUAAAACCUAUCUACAAUAAUUUAACUUUUGUAUACCGCGUACACUAUGAUAAAAAUGGAAAAACCGAAUGUAUAUGAUUUCAGUAUUGAUGAUGAUUCAGUUCCAUCAAUAGAACAAUCCGUUGAAAUAUCUGAAGACGUUCCGCCAACUGUUGUUCAACGAUACUUUGAAUCUCGUUAUGCCACCAACGUCAAUGACAAACCCAAUCAAGACUACAGUGUGUUAAUUCAUUCCAAUAAUCUAUGCAUUUUGUCAUUAGCAUCCAGUCAUGUUUUAAUGGGCAAAACCAUUGAAAAAAUAGAUUUCCAAGUGUCAGAAAAUACUCAUCGCCUCAGCAAUAUUAUGACAGGAAAAGGAAAACGAGGAGCUCAAAUUGUACAGGCAGGAUCUACUCUAUGCAAGGUUUAUUGUUCUGACGGGGAAGAGCACAAAAUACUUUCCGCCAUUCCAGGCAAAUUAGUGGAAAUGAAUAGUAAGCUAGCAGAAACUCCAAAUAUCAUGUUAAAUAAACCAGAUGAUCUUGGAUUUAUAGCAAUAGUGUUGCCACAAAAACAGAGGUUUGAAAAAAUCAGAGAUGGACUUUUGACUAAAGAACAAUACAUAAUAAAAAAUUCUACAGUUUAACUAAAAUAUAAAAGAAUUGUUUUUUUUUACUAUUAUGUAGGUACUAUUAUUUUAUAAAUAAAUACAUAUUUUGAAUAUA